AAUGAGCCGGUCAAUAUGGUCCUAAUCUGACCCCUUCUCAUUCUUCAUCAGUUCAUCGUCUUCCUUCCCUCUAUAUAUAUGACCCAGAAGUGCCCUCCCCAUCCAUAGAAAACACUAACCACAACCAGGUUCAAGUGCAACAAACCAAUCCUGAAAUUAAUGGCUUCCCUGAACACUUCGUCUUUUCUUUCUUCUUCGAAAAGAGUAGUACCUGUCAACGCCUCCAUAAAUGUCCCCAAAUUCCCAGAAAUUCCUUUCUCAUCAUCAUCAAAGCUCCCGAGCAGGAUGCUCUUCGAAGAACUCAACGGCUUCUCCCAUUCAAUACUUCCCUCUCAAAACACCAACCUCACCGUCUCCCAAUCUCACGACGACCUGAUUAGAUCAGAACUCUAUGUGAUCCUCGAAGCAGUGGCCGAUCGAGUAGAGAUGCAUCACAACAUCGGCGAGCAGCGCGACAACUGGAACACCCUCCUCCUCAACUCCAUCAACAUGAUCACCCUCGCUGCGUCCACCAUGGCCGGAGUCGCCGGGGUCGCUGCUUCCAACGGAGCAGCUCUUCUCGCUUUUAAGCUCUCCUCCGGCCUCCUCUUCUCCGCCGCCACUGGGAUGCUUGUCAUAAUGAACAAGCUUCAGCCGUCGCAGCUGGCUGAGGAGCAACGUAACGCAACGAGGCUUUUUCGGCAGCUCCAGAACGAGAUCGAGACCAAACUCGCGAUAGGAAAAGUGAACGAAAAGGAUGUUAAGGCCGCAAUGGCCAAGGUCCUGGCUCUCGAUAAAGCUUACCCGCUUCCUCUUUUGGGAGCAAUGAUCGAAAAAUUUCCAAGCAAGUUCGAACAUGCAACAUGGUGGCCUUCUUCAUCACCAAAGGGAACCACCUUACAAUCCAAGGAAGCUAAGAAUGGAUGGAACGAAGGACUAGAGAUGGAGUUAAAAGAAGUUAUGGAAGUAGUGAAGAAGAAGGACAUAGAAGACUACGAGAGACUUGGGAACCUGGUGUUGAAGGUAAACAAGAGUCUGGCAAUUGCUGGGCCUUUGCUUACUGGAGUUGCAGCAGUGGGAUCUAUGUUCAUAAGCCCAGAAUCAUCGUGGUCGGCGAUUGUGCCGGCGGUGGCGGGGGCCUUGUCGACGGCCAUAAACGGCUUUGAGCACGGUGGCCAAGUGGGGAUGGUGGCUGAGAUGUACCGGAACUGUGCAGGAUUCUUUGAAAUGUUGGAAGAUUCAGUUCAAGAGGCGAUUGAAGAAGAUGUGGAGAGAAGAGAGAACGGAGAACUGUUUGAGAUGAAGCUGGCUUUGAAAUUGGGAAGGAGCUUGUCACAACUUAGAGACCUUGCCAAGAAAUCAGCUUAUUCUCGGGUAGAAGGAGCUGACGUCGAUGAAUUCGCCAGCAAACUCUUUUAGCCAUCAAUAAUUAAUGAAUAGUCCCAUUCACUAUUAGUCCAACAUUUUUGUUUAUUGAUCCUACCCAACGUAGAAAUUAAUGCAGAGGUUUUAUUUUUGUUUA